AUAAUAAAAUACAAAAGAUUAUUAUUUGUACUGUUUUUCAGAAGAGAAGGUUGGUCUCUCUUCAGUUCACACUUCAAUUAUUAAUGACGGUGUCAUUUUCUAUCUGCCAAGAAAAUCAGUACGGCAGGGGCACUUUACUACUGUACUUGGUUUCUCUAUAACCAAACACCUCCACCAAAAUCCAUCCAUGGCCAUGGACAUGCCUGAAGAAGAGAAGAAAAUACAAGACGAGCUGAGACUCGCAAUCCUACUCGCCGACCGAGUCAUCAACUCAGCCCAAGUCGCAGAGUCAUCCAAACUCGAAUGCAGAGAACUCGCCAUGCUCGCCGAACGGCUUCGCCAGAUGCUCGGCUCCGCCGUCCAACUCGCCGAGUCAACCCAGCCGCUCUACGAGCGACCCAUCAGACGAAUCGUCGCCGACGUGACGAAGAACCUCGAGAGGGCCUUAACCUUAGCCCGGCGGUGCCGCCGAGGCUGCGUCCUCCGCCUGGUGUUCGCCAUCACCACCGCCGCCGACUUCCGCAAGGCCUCGAACUUCCUCGAGUCCUCCAUCGCCGACCUCAAUUGGGUCUAUUCCGUCUUCGACUCCGAAGAAGGUGGAACUUUGCUCUCUCUCCCGCCAAUCGCCCAGAACGACCCCAUUCUCUCUUGGGUUUGGUCAUACAUCGCUUCCCUCCAAAUGGGUCAUCUCCGAAACCGCACCGACGCCGCCAACGAGCUCGCUUCACUCGCCGGAGACAACGAUCGGAACAAGACACUGAUCGUGGAAGAAGGUGGGAUUGUCCCGUUACUGAGGCUCUUGAAAGAAGGAAUUUCUGCUGAUGCCCAAAUUGCAGCCUCCGCUGCCCUGUGCAAGUUGUGUACUGAUCGCCACAGAGCUCGAUUGAUCGCGAAGGAGCUCGCCGUUCCGAUGAUUGUCAAGGUUCUCGGUGAUUCUCCAAUGAGGGUUCAGGUUUGGGUUUCCAAUUUGGUGUCGAGAAUGGCGGAAAUGGACUCUGAUGUGCAGGAGGAAUUGGGCAGAGAAAAUGUGAUCAGGCUUUUGGUGACACUAUUGUCUGUGGAUACAGAUUUGAAUGAUGAUCCCAAGCUUCAGUCAGGUAAUACUGGUCUCCAUUCACUUGUUCAGAUUAAUAAAGAAUUAGUAAAAAACACAUUUAAUCAGAGCCACCAUUCGAAUUUUUCGUCUUCAUCGUCAUUUUUGUCUGUGAACCAUAAGAAGGACAAGAGAAAUGUUGAGGCACCAGAGUUGAAACUUAAGUUGAAGAUUAGUUGUUCUGAGGCUUUGUGGAAACUCUCAAAAGGAAGUUUGUUGAAUAGUAGGAAGAUUACUGAGGCAAAAGGGUUGCUUUGUUUGGCUAAGAUUAUUGAGCAGGAAAAGGGGGAUUUGCAGAUUAAUUGCUUGAUGACAGUAAUGGAGUUAACCGCGGUAGCUGAAUUUAAUGCAGACCUUAGACGAGUUGCUUUCAAGCCCAACUCUCCUGCUGCAAAGGCAGUGUUGGAUCAGCUUUUGAGAGUAAUAAAUGAAGAAACCAGUCCGAGAUUGCUACUUCCUACAGUUAAAUCGAUUGGGUGUUUGGCACGAACAUUUCCCGCCAAGGAGACUCGAAUUGUGCUUCAUUUGGUUGCUCAGCUCAGCCAUAGGAACGCGGAGGUGGCCACAGAAGCUGCCAUUGCGCUUGGGAAAUUUGUGUUACCGGAUAAUUUUAACUGUGUGGAGCACUCAAAGGUGAUUGUUGAGUUCGAUGGAGUCCCUCGGCUAAUGAAUCUGCUGAGGACAAGUGAUCGGCGUCGAGUGCAUGAACUUGUAUUGUUAUGUUACCUUGCAUUCCAUUGUGGUAACAGCAAGGUUUUUGAACAAGAAAGAACAUUGAAAUUUCUUGAGGAGAAAGCUCGUUCCCCACUGGCUCAGCAUCCCGAGAUGAAACAAUUGUUUUUCAAGGCUAUGGACCGACUGACUCUAUAUGAAAAUGGACGUACGCAUGCAUAGACAGGCGUUAUGCACCUUGAAUGCCUCAUUUGAUCUGCUAUAACAUUUCAUUCAUGUGUUUGUCUUGGGACUACAACUUAAAUGGUUAGCGUACACAGUGAACAUGAGGAAAUUGAGGGCUGAAGACAAGUUUGAUGGUGGUUCAUAAAUUCAGUAGAUCAUUCAACUAAAUGCAUUGCUCCAUUCCAUGUAGAGAUGAGAUGUUUUGGAGAUAUUACUAUCUGUUCUUGGAAGCACAGGAGAUAGGAAAUUAUUCUCAACAGGGCCGUAGAGUCACAUAACAGUUGAAGGACUAAGUGGAGGGCAGUAACAGGUACAAAAUUUCUUCAACCCUUCUCCCUCAUUUCUUGCCCGAAUUGAACCCGAUUCACUCUAUCAGAUCAGCUCCACCCAAAUAUAUACACACAAAGGAUUACACACACACAUAUAUACAACCUCUGUAUAUAGGUGCCAUUCUCUAGAUUAAUUGCAUUCCCUCCACCCACCUUUAGGCAAAAUCAAAAGCCCAUUUUAUGCGCUCCUUACAAUUGAACUUUAGGAAGCCCCUUAUUAGAUCACUUAAACCGAUGAGGAUUUCACUGACUUGGUUUGGUUGGUGCAAGAUGGGAUCCUGAUGCCAUCUCCAUGAUUGAGGCUACUGAUAUUCACACCUCCUAGAGACCAGUAGAGAGAGAAACUAGAGAGAGAAAGUGUUUGUCUUCUCUCUCCUCUGCGACUCCAACUCCAUCAUCGGCGGUGGCGGUUUGUGGUGGUAGAGAGAAGAAGAGCGGAAAAAGAUGGUUUGUGGAGGCCAGGGUGGAGAAGAGUGUUGAUUUUAUAAUUUUUUUUUUUAAUUUUUUAUAAUGCUACAGUGGAGGAAAUAAUUUCUGUGAACAGCAUAAAAAUUAGAAAAAGCAUAUAAUUCUCGCUGUCUCUUCUUUUCAUAAAAUUAUAAAGUACUCUCUUA